AUGGGACUCAACACCCGUUCCCCCAGGACUGGGUCAUCGCCCCCAGGCUACUCGGUCGGGGACACGGCCAGGGUGCCGAGAGUGGGUUUGGUGGCGUUGAGGCUCAGGGAGGGUAUGGGCUGCCCGGGUUCUCCCGUGACGGGAGUUGGGCUGGGGGCUCUGGGAGCACACGAUGGGACUCAACACCCGUUCCCCCAGGACUGGGUCAUCGCCCCCCAAGGCUACUCGGCCUACUACUGUGAGGGAGAGUGCUCCUUCCCGCUGGACUCCUGCAUGAACGCCACCAACCAUGCCAUCCUGCAGUCCCUGGUGCACCUGAUGAAGCCAGAUGCAGUUCCCAAGGCGUGCUGUGCACCCACCAAGCUGAGUGCUACCUCUGUGCUCUACUAUGACAGCAGCAACAACGUCAUCCUGCAUAGACAUUUGUGUCCACUCAAGAAAAAGCUGGACAGCAACAUGCUUCAGGGCUGAAGCCAGUGCUAUGUAUCCGCCCAUCUUCCUGCCUUGCGUCUACCUCUGCUGCCUGGAGAAAAUGUGCAAGGAUGGACAUCUUGUUUUGGAGAAACAGAAAAAUCUCGGAGGCUUUCUGUGGUGGAUUAAGUAAUGGUCAACUUGUAAUGCCCAGCUGAAGUGAAUCAGCAUGGUCUGGGUGUAGAAAAUCUACCUGAGGAUUAUUGCCAAUAGCCAUAAAAAGAUAACUGGAGAGGAAGGUUGUGGGCUGUUGAUUUUCUAGAGAAGCUUGCUGUGGAUGGUUUUCCUAAUGUGAACUAGGCUGUUCUCAUCAGAGGUGCUGGAGGCUUUGCUGUCGCUAGGAAAUGCUGUUGUUCUGGUCAGAGGAGCUCUGAUCUUCACCAUGAGUAUCACUUCCAGGCUCCAAUGUAGAUCCCUCAGCCCAGUGGCAUAAAUCCUUCAUCCCACUGGUGUAGGUUUUUUGGUUUCCACCGCUGGCCCUUUGGGUCUUCUGAGUGCCAAUCCUCAAUAUGGACAAGCAUGACAUUGUCAUGGGCUCCAGGCCACUGGCUGGACUCGGAGUCCAUUGGAAUUCAGUGGAGGACAUUGCCUUGGACUCUAAGCAUUUAGCUGGACUUGUAUGGGACAUUGUCAUGGGAUCCAGGCUAGAUUCUUUGGGCCUCUAGUUUGCGGUUAAUCUCUUGCACUCCUC